GUCCUCCCCCGGCGGACAUGGCCCUUCCCGGCAUUCCCUACGAGCAGCGGCUUCUCAUCAUGGCGGACCCCCGGGAGAAGGCUCUGCAGGACUACAGGAAGAAACUGCUGGAGCACAAGGAGAUCGACGGGCGGCUCAAGGAGUUGCGUGAACAACUGAAGGAGCUAACAAAACAGUAUGAGAAAUCUGAAAAUGACCUGAAGGCUCUGCAAAGUGUGGGGCAGAUUGUUGGAGAAGUUCUCAAACAACUGACAGAGGAAAAAUUUAUUGUAAAAGCUACAAAUGGACCAAGAUAUGUUGUUGGCUGUCGUCGACAGCUGGAUAAAAGUAAGCUGAAGCCGGGGACUCGAGUAGCCUUGGACAUGACGACACUGACUAUCAUGCGUUAUUUACCACGAGAAGUGGAUCCUCUGGUGUACAACAUGUCUCAUGAGGACCCGGGAGAUGUGUCCUACUCGGAGAUUGGAGGGCUUUCUGAACAAAUCAGAGAGCUUAGAGAGGUCAUUGAACUCCCCCUCACAAACCCAGAGCUGUUUCAGCGUGUUGGAAUAAUCCCUCCAAAGGGCUGUCUGCUGUAUGGCCCACCAGGUACUGGGAAAACUCUUUUAGCGAGAGCUGUUGCCAGCCAGCUGGACUGCAAUUUCUUAAAGGUGGUAUCUAGUUCUAUCGUAGAUAAAUACAUUGGUGAGAGCGCUCGUCUCAUUAGAGAGAUGUUCAACUAUGCCAGAGACCACCAGCCGUGUAUCAUUUUUAUGGAUGAAAUUGAUGCCAUAGGUGGCCGUCGUUUUUCUGAAGGCACGUCAGCUGAUAGAGAAAUCCAGAGAACUCUGAUGGAGUUGCUGAAUCAGAUGGAUGGUUUCGACACGUUGCAUAGAGUAAAAAUGAUUAUGGCCACAAACCGACCCGACACGUUGGAUCCGGCCUUGCUGCGUCCUGGGAGACUGGACAGAAAAAUUCAUAUUGAGCUACCUAACGAGCAAGCACGGUUAGAUAUUCUGAAGAUACACGCUGGCCCAAUUACAAAGCACGGGGAAAUAGAUUAUGAAGCAAUUGUGAAGCUUUCCGAUGGCUUUAAUGGAGCGGAUCUAAGGAAUGUCUGCACUGAGGCUGGAAUGUUCGCCAUUCGGGCAGAUCAUGACUUUGUGGUCCAGGAAGACUUCAUGAAAGCCGUGAGGAAGGUUGCAGAUUCCAAGAAAUUAGAGUCUAAACUUGACUACAAGCCUGUCUAGUAAUAAUCAGAGACUGCAUGGGUGAUUGGCUUAUGUUAGGGGUUUGGUCUUUAUUAAAAGUAAAUAGAACUUCAAUUUAGUCAUUUGAUUGUCGUGGAAGAUAUCUGCUCUCUAUUCUAAUAAUACUGCAUUCGCUGCAGUCAUGUUGGGCACAACUGUUGUCACUAAGCAUUUGUGUAUGAAGGUUAGCCUCUGCAAUAGUGUAACCUAGCAGAUUGUAUGAAAGUUACUGUAUUACGUAAGAAUUUUAUAUCAAUUUGACUUUUUUUUUUUUUCUCUUUCCCCUUUCCAGGGGUAAAUAAACACUCUAAAAACUGG